AUGGAAGAGUUUGAAGAAGAAGAUAUUCGUCUACUGGGGUCUUUUCUAGGCCACAAGGCGCACAAGGAGCAUCGCCGUCGACGGCUAUGCGGCCUUCUCAGCUGGGAAACCGUGGCUGCCCUCGGAUCGGUCUCUGUGCUUGCCGCCGUCUUCUACCUGCUCCGAUCUGCACCCUUCACGGAUGGGCGACCGUUCGAGAGUAAACAAGAUCCUCUCGCAGUGGGACCGCAAUGCGGCCCAUCAUGGACGCAGGCUGAGGCCGCUGGGUGCGUGUACGACCUGCUGAUGAGUGCCUGGGUGCCCCCGCAUUGUCACGACGCAGAGCUCUAUCGCCAAUACGUGGCGGACGUCAACAGCACUUUCUAUUUUGACCGGCAGCAGGAGAGCCGCGUCGCGUGGGACGUCGUUCUGAGCGGCCGCCAUCCUAGUUCGGGGCUCUGGACCGACGGCGGAUUUCACCAUCUACACUGCACCUACAUCUGGGAACGCCAGCACCGCGCCUACACGCAUGCCGCUGCUACCGGGGAGCCAAUGGUUCUUGAUUCACACUGCCGGAACCACACGCACACGUUGCACUGCAUCUGGUGGAAUGGACGACCGAGGGCGUGGGAGAUCAAUUGGCCUAACAUCACACGCAUCUACCCUCCUAGAGAACCGAUACGGUGCCUGAUCGAUGUGAUCGAUGUCUAG